CUGCGUGUUGUGAGGUGACGUCGAGGGGUGGCGGUGAGGUGCCUCUCUGAGAAGCGCGCGGACCACAAACAAAUCUGCGGAGAAUUUCUCAAGCAGUUGGGCCGCGGCGGGUAACUUUCGGCCUGGGCUUCGCGCGGAGGCAUUUAGGUUUUGUCUGAGCGGUCUGAAGACCCCGCGGUGGGAGGUGGGGGACACUCCUAUAGCCAGGCUGCCUCGGAACUCGCUGGGCUCAGAAACGGUUUUUCUUCGAAAAUGGAUGGGAUGUCUUCAGAGGCUAAUGAAGAAAAUGACAAUGUAGAGAGACCUGUUAGAAGACGACAUUCCUCAAUUUUGAAACCCCCAAGGAGUCCUCUUCAGGACCUCAGAGGUGGGAAUGGGAAUGAAACUGUUCAGGAAUCCAAUGCUUUGAGAAAUAAGAAAAACUCUCGUCGAGUCAGCUUUGCAGAUACUAUAAAAGUAUUCCAGACAGACCCUAAUAUGAAAAUAGUGAAAAAGUCAGAAAUUUCAGAAACAGAAGCAGGAGGAAAUGUUCUAUUUAUGCAGAAUAAGAAUCCAGAAGAUAACUACUGUGAGAUAACUGGGAUGAAUACAUUGCUUUGUGCUCCCAUUCAGACCCAGAUGCCCCAGAGAGAGAUUUCAAUUACAGAAUACAACCAUGAAAGGAAACAUGCAAAUGACCAGACAGUCAUCUUUUCAGAUGAAAACCAGAUGGACCUGACAGCAAGUCACACUGUGAUGAUUACCAAAGGCCUUUUAGAUUGUACCAAAAGUGAAAAAUCAACCAAGAUAGAUACCACAUCAUUUCUGGCUAACUUAAAGCUCCACAUUGAGGAUGCAAGAAUGAAGAAAGAAUUAAAUUUUUCCAGGGAUCAAAGCACUUCUUCAGAAAAGAAAAUAAAUUUCAAUGACUUUGUAAAAAGAUUGAAAACAGGAAAAUCGAAUGCUUCUCCUUUUACAGGGCCUGAUAAAGAAAAUUCUGAGAUGCCUAUUUAUUCCAAAGAAUCAAAUAGGGCCUCUUCUAUGCACCAAAUGCAUGUAUCUCUUAGUGUAGAUGAAAAUAGCAGUAAUAUGACUAGACUCUUCAGAGAACAAGAUGAUGGGAUGAAUUUUACCCAGUGUCAUACAGCCAAUAUUCAGACUUUGGUUCCCACAUCCAGUGAGCCCAGCUUAAGGGAAUUUAAAGGUGAUGAUAUUACAACUUAUGGCAAUGACUUUAUGGACCUGACAAUUAACCACACAGUACAGAAGUUACCUUCAGCAGAUAAUCUGUCUGAAAUAGAAAAUCAAACUCAGAAUGUCAUGAUGGAUGUUUCAACAGGUCAUGGAGCUAAAUCACUAGGACAGAAGACAGUCUUUAAGGAUAAACCGAAUGAUGCUUUUCAGGACCCUUCCUUAAACCCUGAAGGUGACAUACAUAUUACCAGCAGUCAUAUUACAGGGAGAGAAAUUCAGACAGUCACACAGACUUCCAACCAGGAUGUCAGAACAUUGGCCAUGAUCCCAGAAUCUAAACAUUCCAGUCCAGCUAUUCAAGAUUAUAAGACAUUUUUCUAUUCUAGUUGUAAUGAUGCCAUGGAACUGACCAAGUGUUUCUCAAGUAUGAGAGAGGAGAAGAAUUUGCUAAAGCAUGACAGGAGUUAUUCUAAAAUGUAUCCCAAUCCAGAUGCCAUCUCUCUUCUCAGGGAGAAUACUAUUUAUUCGGGAGAAGAAAGCAUGGACAUUACCAAGAGUCACACAGUUGCAAUAGAUAAUCAAAUUUUUAAACAAGUUCAGACAAAUGUACAGAUAGCAGCUGCACCAGUAUCUGAAAAAGAAAUGAUGAUCCAAAAUCACAUAAUCAUGUCAGAGGAUGGGGAAAUGAAUAUAAAUUAUAGCUCAGUUCCUCAUGUAUCUAAGGAAAGAUUACAGCAGAGCCUGGAAAAUCCUUUAUUUAUUUCAUUGACUGACAAAAGGACUGAAAUCUUCACAGAUGAAAAUAUGGAUUUGACUAAAAGUCACAUAGCUAAUGUAGGAAGUCAGUUUCCUCUUGCAUCUUACAGUCUGGCAUCUGAGAAUACCAGUAAAUCUCACUCUCACAGCAUAAGCCCUUCAGAUGAAUGGGAAGAAAUGACCAAAGGUCAUAUUGAACCAUGCCGACAACCAAACAUAAUAUCUAAAAACAUCCCAACUGACACCUGGGACAAAGGAAAAGAUCAAGUUUUGAAUAUUUCACCCUAUCUUGAUAAAGAUUCUCAGUCACCUAAUAUUAACCAGAACAUAGCAACAAACCAUAAUAUAGUAUACUCUGGUGGAGAUCUUGAUAAACAAGUACCACUGAGAAAUAAUAGAAAUACAGUUUCUUGUGAGCAAUCUUUGUUUCCUACUACAAAGCCAUUGUUUUCAUCAGAAGGACAGUCUGCCAUGAGAAAUCAUAAUACUGCUGUUAACAGUCAAACAGUGAAAUCUGUACCAGACCAGAAUUCUAAACUGCCUGAGCCACUGAGGAAAAGUUUAGGCAGUCCUACACCUGACUGUUUUCAUGACAAGAUAAUUAUUUGUUCAGAGAAGGAGCAAAAAACCAAGAGUCACACUGUUGUCGUUGGAUUUGGUCCUUCUGAAGUACUAGAACUAGGUAAGACUAAUUUAGAAAACACUAACAACCAGCUAACAACAGUAAACAGACAGAAAGCUGUAAAAGUUGAAAAAUGUAAUGAAAGUCCAAUAGAAAAAACUGGAGUAUUUAUUUCUAAUGAUAUCAUGGGUGUGUUGAAGGACAAAACUGGAAUUCUGAAUGAAAAGCAAGAUGUCAAAAUUUGUGAAAGGAAAAGUCUUGGCAGACUAAAAAUUGAUAAGACUGUUGUAUUUUCUGAGGGAGAUGAGAAUGAUAUGGAUAUCACCAAGAGUUAUACAGUGGAAAUAAAUCAUAGACCUUUACUAGAUGAACAUGAUUCCCAUUUGGUGCCUUUGGCAGGAACUUCUAAAACUGUUUUGUAUACAUGUGGGCAGGAUGACAUGGAAGUCACCAGAAGUCACACAACUGCUAUAGAAUGUAAAACUGUCUCACCAGAUAAAAUAACUACUAGGCCUGUGGACAAAACUGUAAUGAUUAUAGAUAAUCACGAUGAACUAGAGAUGACAAAGUCCCAUACUGUUUUCAUUGACUACCAAGCAAAGGAGAAAACUGUGCUUCCAGACAGCCCUAACUUUGAACUAUCCAAAAGAAAAAGCCUAGAAAAAUCAAAAGUGACACCUAAUCCUGCUAAGGAGGGUGUUUUCUUUCCGGACAAUGGUGAAAGUGAUCGUUCAGUAGCAAAAGUCAGCCAGCUAACAUUACCAGGGGAAUGGUCUAAUAGUGAUCCUUUAGAGAAAGCUGAAGCAUUUAUAUCUGAUGAUAACAUGGACGUAUCUAAAUCAACCAUUUGGAAAAAUGACAAAGAUAUACAAAAGCCUGGAUUUCUGAAUGAAUCUCUAUCAGGCAAAAGUCAGAGAAGGAAGAGCCUUAAACUCAAAAACGGCAAGACCAUUGCAUUUUCAAAGAAUGACAGAAAUGAUAUGGAUGUCAUCCAGAGUUGUACAGUGGAAAUAAAUAACAAAGGUGUCCUGGAAGAUAGAGAGGACUCCCAUUGGGUGCCUUUGGAAGGAACUUCUAAUACUGUUUUACAUACAUGUGGGCAGGAUGAUAUGGAGAUUACCAGAAGUCAUACAACUGCCUUAGAAUAUAAACCUCUCUCACCAGAUAAAAGAACCACUGGGCCUAUGAACAAAACCAUUAUGUUUGUAGAUAAUCACAGUGAUCUGGAAGUUACUAAGUCUCAUACUGUUUUCAUUGAUUGUCAAGCCAUGGAGAAAAUACUUAAAGAGUACCCUAAAUUUGGAAUAGCAAAAGGAAAAACCUUGGGUGUUUCUUUUCCUAAGGAUGGUAGCUCUGUUCAAGAAAUCACUAAAGAACAAGCACUGGCUGUAGAAAACAAAAUUGUUCUUCACACUGAGCAAAAGCAUCAUGUGAUACCCUUUGUUCCUACUGAUACAUUGUCUGGGGGUCAAGGUGAGACAGAAAUCAAAUUCCAUAGCACUACUGUGGAUGAAGAGGUCAUGAAAGUUGUAGUCCAGGCCCAUGUAUUGGAAAAAGCCAAAAUUGAAAGCUGUCACUUAAAUAGUACAGAUAGAAGAAAUGUGGGUUUUACAGGCAGUUCUGCAGCUGCUAUUUGUGGAUCCAGUGAUAAUUAUUCCUGUUUACCUAGUGUUGUUUCCUUUUUUGAUAAUUUGGAGGAGAAUGGCAUGCCAUUAUGUGAUAAAGAUGAUGUAAAAGCCAGUCAUUGCCCAGUGCAAGAUGAUCUUCCUUAUGCAAACAAUUUAGCUAGUGAAUAUUAUUUGAAAUCUGAGGGACUGCCUCUUUCUGCUCCUUGUUCUUUGUUAGAGAAGGAAAAAGUUGUUCAAACCAGUACCCAAGGACAGUUAGACUGUGUCCUAACAGUACUCAAAGAUCAAGAUCUGAUUAAGGAGCCCCCAAAUCUAUUAGCUAAUGAAACUUUAGUAUAUGGUGAAGAUUUGGGGGAGAUGACUAAACUUAACUCAAAGCAAGUAUCUUGUAAGCUUCCAAAGGAUCAAAUGGAGGCCUUUGUUGAUAAUGCAGAGCAUAGUUUAAAGAAGACCUUUGUUGAUGAUGUUUGUGUUGCUUCUCAGCAUCAUCUGUCAACCCAGCAACAUCCAUUACCUCAACAAGGACAGAGUAUCGUCAGUAAAGAUGAAACAAUAUUGUCUAAAUUGGGAAAUAAGAAUUUAAAUAUUGUUAGAGGAAAUUCCUCUGAACCCAUAUGUGAAAAUGAUUCCACAAUGCUCAAUAAUGAGAAACAGUUUACUAUGGCCUGUAAAAAAGAACUAAAGAAAAAUAUUCAAACAGCUAAAUGUAAUACAGCUAUAGAUUUCCACAGUAACUCAGACUUGACUAAGCAAGUUAUUCAAACUCAUAUCAAUCCUAGAGAAGCAUCAGAUCCUGUAAUUGCAUCUAAUGCUGCAACUUUUAGUAGUAUCAAACCACAUCUGAAUAAUUUGAAAGAAAAAACUGAAGAAUUUUUAGAUUUCCAACCAGUUCAUAUACCACCUUCUCCAGAACAAUUACUUGAAUUAGUAAAUAAGGCACACAGUAAUAAGAGUAUAGUGCAAGCUACAGAAAUACAUAAUGUUAACAUAGUGUCCAGCAGUGUUAAAGAUCAUAGGGAUGAAGAAAAUAAAAUUUCUCAUAAUGGAGCUGAAACCAUCUCUGUACCAUUAAUGACGACUAUAAAAGAUAAAGUGAGGAGAUGUUCUUUGGGAAUAUUUUUGCCCAGAUUGCCAAACAAGAGAAACUGUAGUGUCACUGGUAUUGAUGACCUGAAGCCGAUUCCAGCAGACACAACUGAUUUAAAUAACUUAGAAACUCAGCCAGUCUCCAAUAAACAUUCAGAUACUGGAUUUGUCGCAGCUAAACUGAACUUAAGCCCAUCUCAAUAUAUAAAUGAGGAAAAUCUUCCUAUAUAUCCGGGUGAGAUUAAUUCCUCAGACUCUCUUAGCAUAGAUACUGAGGAAAAGGCUUUGACUGAGACAUACCAAAAAGAGAUUUCACCAUCUGAAAAUAAACUGGAAGAAACCUGCAAUAGCCAAAAAAGAACCUGGGUACAAGAAGAAGAAGAUGAUAUUCAGGAUGAGAAAAAAAUCAGAAAAAGUGAAAUUAGGUUUAGUGAUACCGCACAAGAUCAGGAGAUUUUUGAUCACCGUGCUGAAGGAGCUAUAGAUAAAAAUGCUAACAGUGUGUUGAUAAAAAGCCUGAGCAGGACCCCAUCUAGUUGCAGCAGUUCUCUGGAUUCAGUCAAGGCUGAUGGGACCUCUCUGGACUUCAGCACACACCCCAGUAGUCAAAUAGAAUCACAGUUCCUCAGAGAUACCGUUUGUGAAGAGAGCUUGAAGGAGAAACUCAAAGAUGGGAGAAUAACAAUAAAGGAGUUCUUUAUACUUCUUCAGGUCCACAUUCUGAUACAAAAACCUCGACAGAGCAAUCUCCCAACCAAAUUUACUAUAAACACAUCACCUACUCCAGAAGACCUGAUGUUAAGUCAAUAUGUUUACCGACCCAAGAUACAGAUUUAUAAAGAAGAUUGUGAAGCUCUUCGCCAGAAGAUUGAAGAAUUAAAGCUUUCUGCACUGAACCAAGAUAAACUGUUCACUGAUGUAAAUAGGAACCUAUGGGAAAAAGUGAGACACUACUCUGAUGAGGAGCUGAAGGCCUUUGGAAUUUACCUGAACAAAAUAAAAUCGCGUUUUACCAAGAUGACUAAAGUCUUCACUCACCAAGGAAAAGUGUCCCUGUACAGCAAGCUGGUACAGUCGGCUCAGAACAAGAGGGAGAAGCUUCAGACAAGGAUAGAUGAGAUGGACAGCAUACUUCAGAAGAUUGAUAACUGUCUCACUGAGGUGGAAAUAGAAACUAAGAAUUUGGAGGAUGAACAGAAAGACAAUCCUGUGGAAGAGUGGGAUUCUGAAAUGAAGGCUGCAGAGAAAGAACUGGAACAGCUGAAAACUGAAGAAGAAAAGCUUCAAAGAAAUCUCUUAGAGCUGGAGGUACAGAAAAAGCAGACCCUUGCUCAAAUAGACUUUGUGCAAAAACAAACAAAUAGAACUGAAGAGCUACUGGAUCAUUUGAGCUUGUCUGAAUGGGAUGUCAUUGAGUGGAGUGAUGAUCAAGCUAUAUUCACCUUUCUUUAUGACACAGUAGAACUCACCAUCACCUUUGGAGAGCCACUAGUUGGUCUCCAUUUCCUGGACAAGGCUUGUAGGAAGAUUGUUGACCUGAAUUUUCAAUCUCUGUUAGAUGAGGAUAAAGCUCCUCCUUCCUCCCUUUUAGUUCAUAACCUUAUUUUCCAGUACAUUGAGCAACAGCAAUCCUGGAAGAAGAAAUGUACAACACAGCAUCAGGUACCCAAGAUGCUUCAAGAAAUCUCACUGGUAGUGAGCCAUUGCAAACUUCUUGGAGAGGAGAUUGAGUUUUUAAAGCGAUGGGGACCAAAUUAUAACCUAAUGAACAUAGCUGUGAAUAAUACUGAAUUGAGGCUUUUAUUCUGCAGCUCAGCAGCAUUUGCAAAGUUUGAGAUAACUUUGUCUCUCUCAGCCCAUUACCCAUCUGUCCCAUUACCUUUCUCUAUUCAAAAUCACCUUGGAAACAUUGGCCAAGAUGAAAUCGCUGCCAUUCUAUCUAAAGCACCACUGGAAGACAACUACCUAAAGAAUGUAGUCAAGCAAAUUUACCAAGUUCUGCUUCAGGACUGACUGCCCUUUCUACCAGUAGACCCAUGGACUACAGUUGUAACAAUCAAGCACAGUACACUAAAUAACAAUAUUAUGUCAGAGUCUCCAUUGCUGUUUAAUCUUCAUCUUUAGGUCACAGAAGCCUAAAAUUUCUUCUGAUGAUGUUAUAGUUAAUUUGUACGGUUUUUAAAUUUCUAGAGUCAGGAAUAAUGAAAGGCCUCAAAUAGCCUGCUGUCAAGUUACUCACCUUUCUACCAAAGGUUUAAGUAGUAGAACACUUAGGGAAAAUUUCUCCUAACUAAAGUUGUGCUCUCCGCUUUAGUACAAGCCCUAAGGAGUAACUUUUAAGUAUAAGAAGAGGUGUCACCACUGACAAAAACAUUAGCCAUUUUCCAUAUAUUGGGCUAUGAUUUUUAGUUGCUGGCUUCUGCCUACCAGGUAUUUCUGGGGUAGUCAUGUCUAUCUACCAACCACUCAUCCUCCUUUUGCUCCAUUCCAGAGAUGUUAUUAAGAGAAAGCAAUAGCACUCAGCUAUUGGAAUGCUUGCCGUCUUUUCUCAAAGACCUUGCCUUUUAAAUAGUGUCUAUUAGUAUUUUCCUAAUAAAUAUAAUUUUGUAGGGAAAGUUAAUUCAUUUUUGGUCCAAUACAUAUAUGUAAAUAUAUUAAUAUUGUUCUUGUGUUUGUGAGGUAGUAAGGAGAUGUAUAUAGAAAUACAAAAAGAUGUAUAGACACCCUUCUGCCUGGGCAGUUUCUAUCUUUCUGAAGGAUGCUUUACAGCAAGAUUCUCAGUCUCCUUUUAUUUAAUAACCAGCUUCAAACAAUAUCACACCCAAAAUACAGGUUUGUCAAGUUUUGGCAAUAGUAAUGAACUUAAUAUAAGUAUUGGUUUUUGAAGCCAUACAUUUCUCAUACACAAAGAUAAGCACGUCAUUGAUAUUGAAUGAUCAGUAUUAUCUGUAAGAUAGACAAAUAUGAAAAAACUUCACCCAAUCUUUAGUCAAAUCCUAAUCAUGAUAAUUUUUGUUUCUCUUAUAUUGAAGCCUAAACUAAAAUAUAUUUGCAUUUUUAAACUAGUUCGUCUUAAUAUUUUGCUUUAUACUUUAGGAUGGGGUUAAAGACCUAUGGGUCCCACGAAUGUUAUCUGCCCUCUUGAUUGGCUUUUACUUCGGAGCUACUUUGUCAAAAGAGCAACUGGUCUUUUAAGCUUCAAAAGUCAACAUAAAACUCAUUUGCCAUAAAAAUCAAGAUGUAGAUGUUCCCUAUUUCUGUGAACUCCUUGAAAAACUUAAAGUCACCAAUAUGGUCUAUUUCUCAUGAAACUUAAAUUAGUUUUCUUACUGGAGUUAUUUCUUUUCUGUAAAGCUAAAAAAUAGAAGUUUUGUUUUAUGCAUUUUGGUAACCUGGAAUGACCAGUUCCCAGAAUGAUUUGGCUUGUAAUGAUGGUCUCUGCUUUCUUGGGCUUGGAGUACAUAAUUGUAAUAUUUACCUAGUUAUUUGCUUUUGUAUUUGUUCAAAGUAUUGGUUAUUUUUAUAAAAUUCUUUGGAAGUUUUUCCUCUACUGAUUGGAAGCAGAUUAGUUUUUGUGCUAUUAAAAUGAGCUUAUUAUAUGAAAU